AAAACAACACAGACAGCGUUCCAUAGAUCACAUUUUGCUUUAUUCUCUACAGUGCAGCUGUACGCCGGUGGGUUGCAAUCUCUGUUCUCACGAGCAAGUACAAGGGUACAUCAUGGCCGACAUUAAAAUGGGUAAAGUUAAAGGAAAGCUGCAAGGCUUGAAGGAUAAGAUCGAGAGCGCAGAAGAGAGGGAGAUCACGGCCAAAGCCAAACAUCGUGAGAUGGAAGAAGAUUGCGACAAAAAUGAAAAUGAGGCAGAUUCAUUCAGGCGAAGAAUUACCCUCGUACGAGAUGAACUAGCAAAAUGUGACGAACAUGUAAAGGAGAAGGAGGAAAGAUUGGCCGAAGUUCAGGCGCUUUCAAUGGAGCACGAAUGCGCUUGCAAACAGCUGGAGGGAGACGAUCGCGAAAGCGACGAACGCUUGAUGCAGUUGGAACUAGACGUGUCCGAAGCCACGCAAACUGCAAAGGAGUCGGACGAACGGCUACAGGAGUCCAAGCAAAAGUUGAAAGUCACUUUAGCUGAGGUAGAAAAGGCCAGGGAACGCGUUGAAAAACUGGAAAGCAGAGCCACUGAGCUGGAAGAAACAAUUAGCGCAAAUAGUACCAAAUUGAGAGAAAUGGAAACCGAAGAUGCCCAGUACGCUGAGAACGAAACAGAGAAAAACGAGAUGUUGGAGUUUUUACAAGAACAGCUAAAGGAAGCUGUGGCGCGCCUCGAAGAAGCUGCACGUAAGGUACAGCCACAAGAGGGCGUCAUCGACGACCUAACACAAGAACACGACAUGAUUAAGGAAAAAAUCGCACAUAUCCGACAAGAGAUGAAGGAUAUGGAGGAAAUGGUGGAGCAAUCCAUAGACGACGUUGAAGUCCAUGAGCCUAAAAAGGUGACAGACCGCUACCACGCUUAUCAGGAAGAGCCCGAACCCGAACCCGCGGAGCCCGAACCAGCUGAUCCCGAACCAGAGCCAGAGGCAGAGCGAGAAGACCGAUCGGCCAGCGAAGGAGAGGAAGAUUAAACACAUUUUACUCUCAGUGACUUUGUUACGUAAGUCUGACAGUUUCUGACAAUGCGGGCUGUUUUAUAGAAUAUCGAUUUUCACCACUUUUGAAUGUUUUUAUUUCAAAUUUCUUUAAUCGUUAGCUAGUUUUCCAUCUUCGAUGAACUCAUUUUUUGAGCAGUUCAAAUUUCCAUUUUGCAGUUAGAUUAUUGCACUUUUCAUUAACUAGAUUUUUAAGAUUUCAAGGCGGGCACAAAAGCCCAGUAGGUGUCGAAUUAAAUUAGCUAACAGUGUGUUUUUGAUUGUCUGUCAGAUCAAUUAAUGUUACCUGUUAUUAACUAAUACUUCUCGUUUAGUCAAUAUUUUUGGAAUAAAAUUCUACAUUUUUAUAGGA